UUUAGUGUCCAAACCAUGAAUCCGAAAUCUACUGAAUCAUAGAGGUUCAAGCCAAGUGUCGUCUCGAUUGUCAAGUGUACCACUCCACGCUUCAUCCUGGUACCGUACCAGCGCUACCAUGGUGCACUGGCACGCAUGGUGAGCGGCAUCACCAUGCCGGCGAUCUCUGUCCCCCUGCCGGGGGAGAUGGACGCCCCUCCUCCCCCUCCCAGCCUCUGCGCCGGCUGCGGCUCGCAGAUCUCGGACCGCUACUACCUGCAGGCCGUAGAUCGGCAGUGGCACGCACAAUGCCUCACGUGCCAUCGGUGCCAGAUGCGCCUGGACACUGAACUUACCUGUUUCUGGAGGGACGGCCACAUCUAUUGCAAGGAGGAUUAUUAUAGGCUGUUCGCUGUGCGACGCUGUUCCCGCUGCCAGCGCGGCAUCUUUGCGCGGGAGUUGGUGAUGCGGGCUCGAGAGCACGUCUUCCACCUCCACUGCUUCACGUGCGCUUGGUGCGAGUCCCCUCUUGCGCAGGGAGAUCACUUCGGGCUGCGGGACGGGCUCGUGUACUGCCGGGCGCACUACGAGGCGGUGUCCGGGCGGGAGCAGCCGCACCCCUACGUCGACGAGCCCGGACUCCCGCACUCCGAGGAUCCGCUGUCCGGCGGCUAUCCGGGAGUCUUCGCGGGAGGAGGAUGCGGAGCCGGAGGAACCGGAAGGAAGGGCCGGCCCCGGAAGAAGAAAAGCGGAGAUGCGGUGGCAAUGGAUGCCCUCAGCAGGCACGGAGCGGGCUUGUCUCCGAUCGAUCCGUCCACCUGUAAUCUUCACCUCUCUCAUCUGGACGGAGGUACGAAUUCGGCGUCCCAGUCCUCUCCACCCCUGUCCGGAAGUGGACAGAGGACGAAGCGCAUGCGCACAUCUUUCAAGCACCACCAGCUAAGGACCAUGAAAUCCUACUUUGCCAUCAACCAGAAUCCAGACGCCAAAGAUCUCAAGCAGCUGGCACAGAAAACAGGACUCUCUAAAAGGGUUUUGCAGGUAUGGUUCCAAAACGCCCGUGCCAAAUGGAGGCGGAACAACAUGAAACAGCAAGACGGCAUGCCGGGAAUGUUGUCCAACGAUCAACCCUCAACUCCACAGCUUCAUUCUGUAGGAGGGGGCUUAUGCAGCCCUGGUGCCAGCUCAUACUCUGAGCCAAGCCCAGUCCAUUCUUGUGGCGGUGUUCCCUCAGACGGCUCCAUAUCCACGCAAGUUGGACCCUCCAUGGACUUUGAUAGCAGCAAUCCAAUGACACCUUUGGUUAGCCAUCCAGGAUUAACCCCGGUCCAUAAUGGAGAAGGUGUCAUGCAUAUCACUUCCUUCCAUGAACUCUUCUGAGACAUCUCAAUCAUCAUUUAAAAGUUUUCAGAGACGUCAUAUCUUCAUUUGAAAUUUGUUGAAUCAAUCCAA